AUGUCAGGAGCCAGCAGUGACCAGCUACACAGAUCAACUUUGUCCGUCUAUGCGAACCUAAUGGAGCACUUCAACCCAGGCCUUCAGAAGCUGGUUGCUUUAGGAAACAGUUAUGUCAAGGCUUUCCAAGCCUUAGCUGUUUGCAGUGAGGCCUACUUCAGCGCUGUGGCUAAGAUGGGUGAUCAGGCACUUCACACACUUUCAUCCCGUUCUCUCGGGGAUGUUCUGAUCCAGAUAUCAGAAACACAGAGGAGACUCACUGCAGAGAUGGAGGGAGUGUUUCGAUGGUUCCAGAUUGAAGUGCUGCAAGCCAUGGAGAAGAACGUCAAGUUGGAUGAGGAGUACAUCGAUGGCAGUCGCAGAGUGUAUGAGUUGGAGGUGAGAAACCAGGCAGAGGCUUUGGAGAAACAGCUCAGACGAGGAACCUACAGAGAUUCUCUGGAGAACAGUGAGUACAUGUUGUACCUGCGGCAGAGCCAGCAGGAGAUUCUGAAGGAGGAGGAGAGGAGGUAUCGCUUCCUGGCAGAGAAACACUGUGGCCUCACUCAGUCACUUCUUUUCCUAAUAAACAAGACAGGUGGAUCUCUCCAGCAAAGAGCAGAUGGAUGGAAGGAGAAAGUGAACGAGACCAGAGGGUCCAGACCUCGAACGCCCACUCACUUGGAUCAAGAGACUCAGCUGCGGGGGUCAGUAAGCUCCCUGCUGCAGACAGUGGCCAGAGAUGAAGACAUGUCCUGGGCCAGGAGGGAGCAGCAGGCACUAGGCAGAGUGCCCUCCAGAGCACCAUCUCCCCUCCCCAGCCGUUCUCGCUCCAGCUCAGUAGGGGAGUCCCUGGGUCUGGGAGGGGGAAGGACCAUGAGGGCCCUGGUGUCGCAUCCCACCUCGUCCAACCCCAAGCUGUUGCCUUUCACCAGGGGAGAGACGAUCACUGUCUUGGUCCAAGAGCCACGCAACGGCUGGCUGUACGGACACACCGACAGCAGCCUACGUCAGGGCUGGUUCCCUGCUGCUUAUGUUGCUCCUAUUGAGGACUUCUCCAACACUUUGGGAACGAGUGGCACUUCUCUGAGAAGCCACAGUAUGAACAACCUGCUGGACCCCACUGACACCCAGCCUGACCAAUCACAGAGCAAGAGCUAUGGAGAUGUCCCGCCUCCGGCCACACCCAUCCGCCGGGCUUCUGUAGAUUUCCGGCCCAUCUCUCCUCUACCCGAAAAGAAGGCGGAGCCGGCUGCGGAGACGAUGUCCAGUCAGACAAAGAGCUACAGCGAGCAGCCACCCCCACCUCCUCCCCCACCUCCUCCCCCUCCCCCCCAGAAUCUAAGGAGAGGAUCCAUAGAUAUUAGACCAAUUUCUCCUCUCCCUGACAAGAAGGGGGAGCCGGCGUCUGAUGGCAAGGCAUUAUCACCCCAUGGACCACCCGAAAACCCACUCUUUCCUAGAGGCACAAACCCGUUUGCCACCGUAAAGCUUCGCCCCACGACAACCAAUGACAGGUCUGCUCCUCGGAUCCAUUGAUCCUUCAGCGCCGAUGCAGUUUGUAAUGGAGGCUGCCAGAUCAGGUUCUGGGGGAAGGAUAUAUCAAUUUU